AAUGUGUUGGAGCUCUUUCCUUUUACUUUAUUUUUUUAAACCAGCAAGUUAAAUCUCCAUCAUCAUCAUAUAUAUAUAUAUAAAAAAACAAUUUCAUGUGUUAAUAUUUAAUUAAGGGCCACACAUGAUACAUCAUCACUCUCAGUUUACGAAUCUCUGAAUUGUGUGAUCUGAGACGAGAGAGAUCAGGAAAAUGGCUGGCAAAUCGGAGUUGUUCGGAGACCAGACCAGAGAAGGUCUCCUCUCUCGAAAAGGUUGCUCGGAUUUCGGCUUCAGUGACUCCAGCGGCAUCGUCGAUGAUCGGCGAUCCAAGUUCCGGUGCUUCCGGUUUUUCUCCGACGGGAUCAUCGCCUUAUGGAAGGCUAUCUACGACACCGCCGCCAAAUUGUACGAGAUGGGUCGUUCCGAUCGUCGGAAAGUCUACUUCUCCGUCAAGAUGGGAAUGGCUCUCGCACUCUGCUCCUUCGUCAUCUACCUCAAGGAGCCACUCCGUGACGCUAGCAAAUACGCCGUGUGGGCGAUCCUUACUGUUGUCGUCGUCUUCGAGUAUAGCAUAGGAGCAACGUUGGUCAAAGGAUUCAAUAGAGCAAUAGGCACACUCUCUGCAGGAGGGCUUGCUCUUGGCAUAGCUAGACUCUCUGUCUCAGCUGGAGAAUUCGAGGAAGAAAUUAUUAUCAUCAGUAUUUUCCUUGCAGGUUUUUGUGCAAGUUAUCUGAAACUAUACCCGGCUAUGAAGUCGUAUGAGUAUGCAUUCAGGGUUUUUUUGCUGACAUACUGCAUCGUUCUUGUGUCCGGAAACAACACCAGAGACUUUUUCAGCACUGCUUAUUACAGGUUCUUGCUAAUCCUGGUUGGUGCAAGUAUCUGUCUAGGUGUGAACAUAUUUAUACUCCCGAUUUGGGCUGGUGAAGAUCUCCAUAAACUAGUGGUUAAGAACUUCAAGAGUGUGGCCAAUUCCCUUGAAGGAUGUGUUAAUGGGUACUUGCAAUGUGUUGAAUACGAGAGGGUGCCUUCAAAGAUUCUCACGUACCAAGCUUCGGAUGACCCUUUAUACAGUGGAUACAGGUCCGUAGUCCAAUCUACGAGCCAAGAAGACUCUCUGCUUGAUUUUGCAGUAUGGGAGCCUCCUCAUGGACCUUACAGGACUUUCCACCAUCCUUGGGCAAACUAUGUCAAACUUAGUGGUGCGGUAAGGCAUUGCGCCUUCAUGGUUAUGGCAAUGCAUGGCUGCAUUCUUUCGGAAAUUCAGGCAGCUCCAGAGAAAAGACAGGCUUUCCGUCAAGAACUUCAGAGAGUUGGAAACGAAGGAGGCAAAGUCUUGAGGCUGUUUGGUGAAAAAGUGGAGAAAAUGGAGAAGCUAAGCCCAGGGAACAUUCUGAAUGAAGUUCAACGAGCAGCAGAGGAACUGCAGAUGAAAAUCGACAGCAACUCUUUCCUUCUUGUCAACUCAGAAAGCUGGGCUGCCAUGAAAGAGAAAGCCGAUGCUGAAGAAGCGCAACAAAACUAUCACGAAGCCAAAGACGACGAGACCAAAGUGAUCCAAUCCCUCAGCCAGAUUUGGGACACUAAUCACAACCACCAUCCUCAGAAUCCACACAAUGGCAAUGACUCUCAGCUAUGGAUGUCGACAGAGAGCAUGAUGCUUAGGAACCGCGAACACUGGCCAAGCGUCUCAUUCAUAGGCGGCUCUAUGAUCAAUGAGAUAGAGUCUAAAGUAUACGAGAGCGCGAGCUCUCUGUCUCUUGCCACAUUUGCGUCUCUUCUGAUAGAGUUUGUUGCGAGGCUCCAAAAUGUUGUUAACGCCUUUGAGGAGCUAAGCAGCAAAGCCGAUUUCAAAGAACCACUCAGUGAGACACAGAACAAGGUAGAGAAACCUGGAUUGUGGACCAGAUUCAGCAGCUGCUUCAGCUCCAGGGACUAACAGAAGCACUUGCGGUUUAUUUAUGGGGCGAAUUGUUUGAUUUGUAUAGACAUUUGAUGUAUUUGUUUUGUUUUGGUGGUGAAAUAAGUUCAUAAUUCCUUUUUUGUUGUGGCAAGCCAUAACUCAAGUGGAAGUUUUUUUGUAGUUUUUUUUUUUUGUGUGUGGCAAGCCAUCAUAAUCUCUUAAUGCAUUGAAACUUCAAAACAUAAUGAUAUUCAAAUAUAAUAUCUUAACAUAAACAUAAUAUUUUAAAAC